AUGGCUCGCCUCGUUACUCUCCGCGUUUCCCUCGUGGCUUCCGCCGCGGCGCUCCUGCUCCUCGCAACCGCCGCUCUGCCGGCGCUCGCUGCGGGCAAUUCCGCCGCGUCGAUCUCCGCGGAUUCGACGGACAUGGUGGCGGCUUCCGCGAGCCGUCGGGUCCUGCAAGCCGCGCCCGCAGCAGCACCCGCACCCGCGCCCGCGGCAGCCGCGGCACCCGUCGCCGACGCGCCAUCGUCUUCCGACGCGCCGUCGUCUUCCGACGCGCCGUCGUCUUCCGACGCGCCGUCUUCCCCGGCGCCACCACUUCAGCGGCUGAAGCUCGCGUCGAACAUUAAAGCCAGCGACGCCUCCAAGUCGAUCAACCUCCUUAACUACCUCGCGUACACGGCGUGCCAGUUCCCGACCGGGAAGACCAUGCUCCUCCCGUCGAACAACGCGUGGAGGAACGCGUUCGAAGGUUACAAAAAGAACCGCAGCAGCGGCGGGCUGUACGACGCUCUUGACGUCGUCGCGAACAGCGAUAAGCUCAAGAAUCCGGAUAAUAGGGACCGGCUCACUGAUUACUCCUCGCUGCUUGACAAGUCGAAGGGGUGCAAGUCGAUUAUUGUGGGCGGGCCGAUCAGCGAGGCCGGGAGGACUGCGGUGUAUAACCUGCUGACUUUCCACACGGCCGAUUUUUCGGUUAAGAUGGAAGAUUUGGAUAGCAAGUGCAACACUGAUGGCACGACCGUCAAGACCCUGUUCAACGGCCAAAAUUUGAACUUCAAGGGCGACAGCAACAGCAACGGACUCCUUUCCGGAUCGGACCCGCUCGCAUCCAACCCGGCAGCUGGGACUCCGUCUGCUGUCGCGAAGAUUGACGAUAGGGCGGGCGAUUUCAUUUACGUCGACAACCUUGUGUUUCCGAGCGACAUGGCCUCCCUGCCUGGUGCCGUUGCCACUGUCUCGCGUCUCCUCACUGCGCUGCUGGUUCUCGCCGCUGCUCUUGUUUGCGCCCUCUAG